CCACACCUAAAUAUAUAAUUCAUAUCACUGCACGCGCCCAAAAGGAUUUGACACGAAAAAGAGGGCGCAGAAGGAGACAUCUCUCUGUGCGCGUGCUGCAACCACUAGCGAAACGAUGGCGCCAAACCCAGCACCUCCCACCCAUUUGACAGGAAUUUUAACGCAAUUGAUGUGCACGUCGCAGCCCCAGCACCAGCAACUAGACGCGAGAGAAAAGCAAUUAGUCCACGAAGAAGAUCGUUCCUGAUUGAUCUCCAUGAUACCAUGCAUACUGAGUACCAAAAUUAACUUAUGAUGAUGAUGCCCUGUCUCCGUCUCUCUGCUUUCUGUCUUUCUCUCUCACCAAACCUUGCCUUGCUUUCCUUUGCCUCCCUUCCCUUCCCUUGUUCCCCGUGCACUGCCUAUAAGACAUGCCCAGCCAAUAACGCAACACCAUUCCGCCUGCAUCUUUCUUCCUCCUCGUCUCACCCCCUGCACCCUCCGUGGUCUCCGGCUCCGAUGAAGGACCGACGCGCCGGCGCCGGCUUCCCCUUCUCCAUCGGCUGCAUGUCGCAGUCCGCCGUCGCUGUAGCCGACCCGCUCGAGAAGAAGCCGAUGCCGCCACCGCCGGCGCAGCAGCAGGCCGACGCCCCCUCCUCCUCCACCACGGCGGCCACCACACAGGAGAGAGGCGCCGGAGAAGAAAGCGGCGAGGACAAGGCCAGAAACGCGGCGGCGUCGGGGAUCGUCUCGGCGGGGGUGCAGCGGCUGCUCAAGGGGAUCAAGACCUUCUUCGCGGCUUACGACGGCGAUGAAGAGGAGGAUGAGGACGAGGCGGAGAUCGUCAUCGGGUUCCCCACCGACGUGCAGCACGUCGGGCACAUCGGCUGGGACGGGAUCAACAAGGUGGGCGGCAUGGUCGGCGCCUUCUCGUUGCCAUCCUCCCUCUCCCUCCGCCAGCUUGAGAUCGCCAUGGACCCCGGCGCCUCCACCACCACCUGCAUCAACUGACCAAUCUCUGUUACCAUUGUCAUGCUCCUCUGAGCUCGAGAAACCACCAUCACUAGUGCUAGUAAAAAAAGGGGUUGAGAAGAGUGAUCUCAUCUUUAAUUCUUCCACGUGCUUGCUGAGAUUGAUAAUUACCAUGUCAUCUGGUACAAUUUCAUUUUUAACUUUGGGUGAGAUAAAGAAGCAUAUGCAUAGGUUUGUGUAUAUAUUAUUAUGCAUUCAUCUGGAGUUGUGUAUGUAUAUAGAUACUAUGUGGAAGCUUCAGCUUCUUUCUACUCUAA